AGUCACAGUUGUGGAGUUACAACGCUUUCAGUGACACUUGCUCAGUUAGUUUCCCUCGAGAUCCUGCAGUAGACCAAUCCAUCCAAAAAUGACCGACAAGAAGAACCUCCUCCUGCUGUUCGAUCAUCCUACCGAGCCCGUCUUCAUGGACAAGGGCAAGAGGGUGACCGUGUUCGAUGUGCCCGACUCCUUCCUCACCGACCGCUACCGUCCGAUCAGCAACGAGGUGCAGAGCCGCGUCGGCGACAAGGUUGAGCAGCGAGUGCCGGUCAGGGAGAUCUCCAUCCCCGACCUGAGGAUCCCCAUGUCCCUGGGCCGCGACGAGCAGUUCUCGCUGUUCCUGCCCAAGCACCGCAGGAUCGCCGGCCGGCUGAUCGACAUCUUCAUGAACAUGCGCUCCGUGGACGACCUGCAGAGCGUGGCCGUGUAUGCCAGGGAUCGCGUCAACCCGGUCCUCUUCAACUACGCCCUGUCGGUGGCCCUGCUCCAUCGUCCGGACACCCAGGGUCUGGACCUCCCCUCCUUCUCGCAGACCUUCCCCGACCGCUUCAUCGACUCGCAGGUGAUUCGCAAGAUGCGCGAGGAGUCGUUCGUGGUGCAGCCGGGCUCCCGCAUUCCCAUCACCAUUCCCAGGGACUACACCGCCUCGGACCUCGAUCCCGAGCACCGCCUGUGGUACUUCCGCGAGGAUCUGGGCAUCAACCUGCACCACUGGCACUGGCACCUCGUCUACCCCUUCGAGGCCUCCGAUCGCAGCAUCGUGAACAAGGACCGUCGUGGCGAGCUGUUCUACUACAUGCACCAGCAGGUGAUCGCCCGCUACAAUGCGGAGCGUUUCAGCAACAACCUGGCCCGCGUGCUGCCCUUCAACAAUCUGAGGGAGCCGAUUGCCGAGGGCUACUUCCCCAAGAUGGACUCCCUGGUGGCCAGUCGUGCCUGGCCGCCGCGCUUCGAGAGCACCAAGCUGAGCGAUCUCAACCGGGAGGCCGACCAGCUGAACGUGGAGAUUGGCGACCUGGAGCGCUGGCGCGACCGCAUCUACGAGGCCAUCCAUCAGGGCUUCGUGAUGGACGAGCGUGGCAACCGAGUGCCCUUGGAUGAAGCCACAGGCAUUGACACCCUGGGCAACAUGAUUGAGUCCUCCAUUCUGUCGCCUAACCGAACGCUGUAUGGUGACCUGCACAACAACGGGCACACCUUCAUCUCGUACGCCCACGAUCCGACCAGCAAGCACUUGGAGUCCUUUGGAGUGAUGGGCGAUGUGUCCACCGCCAUGAGGGAUCCCGUCUUCUACAAGUGGCACUCGUACAUCGACCGCAUCUUCCAGGAGCACAAGACACGGCUGCCAGCCUACACGGACACCCAGCUGAACUAUUCGGGCGUCUCGAUCACCGGCAUCCAGGUGGACACCAAUGGGGGUCAGCCCAACACGCUGAGCACCUUCUGGCAGCAGUCGGACGUGGACAUGUCCCGUGGCUUUGACUUCCUGCCCCGCGGCAAUGUCUUCGCCCGCUUCACCCACUUGCAGCACCUUCCCUUCACCUACACCAUCAGUGUGAACAACGACGGGGGUGCCCAGCGCUUCGGCUACGUGCGCAUCUUCAUCGCGCCCAAGAACGACGAGCGUGGCCAGCCCAUGUUGAUGCGGGACCAGCGCGGCAUGAUGAUCGAGCUGGACAAGUUUGUGGCUUCGCUGAACCCGGGACCCAACACCAUCCGUCGUCGCUCCACGGAGUCGAGUGUGACCAUUCCGUUCGAGCGCACCUUCCGCAAUCUGGACGCCAAUCGUCCCGGCGCCGGAACUCCGGAGGAGCUGGAGUUCAACUUCUGCGGCUGUGGAUGGCCAAACCACAUGCUGGUGCCGAAGGGUCUGCCCGAGGGACUGCCCUGUGUGCUCUUCAUCAUGGUGUCCAACUAUGAGAACGAUAGGAUUGACCAGCAACUGGUGGGCCGCUGCAGCGAUGCCGCCUCCUACUGCGGAGUCCGCGACCGCCUCUACCCCGAUCGCCAGUCCAUGGGCUAUCCCUUCGACAGGCUGCCCCGCACCGGAGUCGACCGGCUGGUGAACUUCCUCACGCCGAACAUGAGCAUCGUGGACGUGACCAUCCGCCACGACAAUCGCACCGUCCAGCGCCAGAACUAGACGAACCGCUCCUGAUCAUAGACUAUCGCCCUGACCCGAUUCGACGGCCUCCACGCCCACCUCUAGAUACACAACCCUUAGCAAUCUAUUGCAUCUUUAUUGAGCCGCUUAAUAAACAAGACAUCAUGGCAUUCCACAAA